AUUCUCCCUUAACUACCCAAACCUACAUGUAGUUAAUUUAACAUGCAAAGUUAAGCUGGAGUAAUACAGUAAAAUAUUAUAUGAUAUUCUAUGGUGGAUGAUCAGAGAGAAAAUAUAUGCUUUCAAUAUAACAUGAAGUCAACAUAUCAGCAAGCAAACUGUGAUCUGCCAUUAUCAGUGUACACUUUUAUAUGAAAAAAAUAUGGACAUUAUGAUAUUCUAGCUGCCACAGGAGAGGCUGCAAGCAAAAAUGGUUCCGUAACAAAUGACGUUGGACGAGUAUCUCAGUAAAGUAGUUAACAAUAUAAGCACCUUGAUUACAUUGCCUGAAUCAAAACAGGUAUGAAACUAGGCCACAAAAUCUUGAAGAACUUAUUAAAAAACCUACCAAAGCAAUAUAGGUCCGUCCAAGUUGUGCAUAUAUGAAAUAAGGAGAUACCAACAGGAUCAGUGUAACAUGAGGAUACAUCCAAGAAGAGCUGUUACACUUGGUAUAGUGAUAUGUACUGUUCUGGUGAUUUUAUUCAAUUUAUAUUACAUGGAUGAAUGGAAGCCAGGAGUUCAACAAAGACCAUGGGGUUCUGACUUUGAUCAGGGUAAACCUCUCAAACAGGUUUUACAGCCAUUUCAUGAACAUGUGAUACGUGAAGAUAUCGAUGCAAAUAACCAUAAAGGAGGAGAUGAUAAAGCUGAGCCUCCAAAACAUCGAUCUCAUUUCCAGAUAGCAAAUUAUACGUAUGGAGAAAAAUAUGGAGAAUUUACUUCUAAGGAGUGUGGAGGACGUUUAGGGGACUGCAUCAAAGACCAUCACAUUCGUGAUCCUAAUCCACCCAUCUGGCCAGCUGAUGUACCAAAUGGAGAUAGGAUUGUUACUCAGCUUGGUCUUGUGCCUGACAGUGUCCGCAGACCAGCCGCAGAAAGACCUAUCAAAAAAAUAAUUGCCUAUAAUGGUCUAGGAAACUGGGCCAAGCGUGGUCGUCAGACUUUAAUUGACCAAAACUGUCCAGUAACAGAAUGUGAUAUUUCAGAUGAUAGGAGCAAGGCUGCUCAAGCUGAUGCUCUUCUUUUCCAACAUUCCCUCGCUCAACCAUUCCAUAAACGUCCUCCAGGGCAGAUAUGGGCUGUCUAUUUCUUAGAGUCACCCUAUCACACCCCAGGUCUCACCAGAUUCGCUAAUCAGUUCAACUGGACUUCAACAUACCGUCACGACUCGGAUAUAGUCGCGCCUUAUGAGAAAUUUGUGCCUUAUAAUGUUUCCCAGCUGACUAAACCACAGAAUAAAAAUUAUGCAGCUGGAAAAACUAAAAAAGUAGCAUGGUUCGUGUCAAACUGUGGAGCUAGAAAUAACCGUAAACAAUAUGCAGAAGAGCUAGGAAAAUAUAUUGAAGUUGAUAUAUAUGGCAGUUGUGGUGUUAAGAAAUGUCCAAGAUCUCAAAGUGGAAAAUGCUUUGACAUGUUAGAUAAUGAUUAUAAGUUUUAUCUGUCAUUUGAGAACUCAAACUGUAGGGAUUACAUAACAGAGAAAUUCUACGUCAAUGGUUUGGGGCACAAUGUAAUCCCAAUAGUUAUGGGUGCCCACCCUGAUGACUACAAACGGGUUGGCCCACCCCGUAGCUUUAUACAUGUGGAUGAGUUUGCAAACCCAGAAGCAUUGGCCAAAUAUCUGCACAAACUAGACCAAGAUGAUAAUUUAUAUAAUGAGUAUUUCCAAUGGAAAGGGACAGGGGAGUUUAUCAAUACAUACUGGUGGUGUCGCAUGUGUAGUAUGGUACAUGCUGUAGACUCAGAAUAUUAUAAACCAAAGUUUUAUUCAGAUGUGGAGAAAUGGUGGAGAGGUCCAGAUGUAUGUAUUGGAAGUGGAAAAUGGAUAUAG